AUGUCGGCUCGGGCCAAGGCUCUCGCGGCGAGCAAGAAGGGCAAGCUGGACUGGCGGGACUGGGUGUGCCCGGGGUGCAUUCGCUGUGAGGCCUGCCACCGGUACGGGGAGCCAUCGUCCAUCGUGUGCUGCUACCGCUGUGACAGGGGCUACCAUGUGGCGUGCACGCAGCUGCACACCAAGUCACCGUUCAAGGGUCCCUUCCUGUGUCCGAGCCACACGCAGUGCCACAGCUGCGGCUCCAAAGUGCCUGGCAGUGGCACGUCCUCGCGCUGGUUCUUCAACUACAUGCUGUGUGACGCCUGUGGCCGCCUCUUCGUCAAGAAGAAGCACUGCCCCGUCUGCCUCAGGGUAUAUCGGGACUCAGAGCCAACGCCAAUGGUGUGUUGUGACAAAUGCGAGCACUGGGUGCAUUGCGCAUGUGACAAUAUCAGCGAUGAGCAGUACAUGCAGUAUCAGACCAACUCAGACCUCUCCUACACAUGCCCUGCCUGCCUGGGCCACGCUCCUAGUGUCGCAACCGCAGCAGAGGCCACUCAAGAGCUCUGGUCUCGAUUCAAACGCCGCGUGGAGCAAGGCAAGGGAGGAGCAAAGGCAGGCGGGGAGGGGGCAGCAGAGGAAGUGGAGGGAAGCAGUUGGUCUCGGAAGAGGGGGCAGAGAAAGAGGGGCAUGGCGUCGCUUCAUGCGAAGGAGAAGCAGGAGGAAGGGGAUGCGGACCGGGAGGGGCGAGGAGAUGGGCAAGAGGGCAUUGAUGAGGAGGAGGAGGAUGAGGAGAGGGAAAAGGCUCCUCCUCCGUUUUCGGAGAGUGAGGGAGAGGAGAAUGGGAGGGAAUGGGGAGGAGGAAUGGGUGGUGGUGACAGUGUUGGUAGAAAGGGAAGGAGGGUGGGGUUGGGGCAUGUUGCAGGGUCUGUUGGAAAGGAGAAAGGGGAAGGAGAAGAGGGUUUAGGGAAGAGGAAGAGGAGGAAGGUGGUAGGGGAGGAGGAGGUGGGGGAAUUGGAGGAGGGAGGGGAGAGGAAGAGGAGGAGAUGGAAGAGUGGCAAAGGAGAGGAGGAGGAAAAGGUGGGGGAGGGAGAGGAAGGGGGUGAGGGAAGAGGGGGGGAGGGGAUUCGAGUGAGAAUAAGGCUUAAUAGGAAGAGAGGGGAAGGUGUGAGGGUGGAGGAGCAGGAGGGGCCGCAUGAGGGGGAACGGGCGGGCGAGGGGAGGGAGAGGAGGAAGAGGAAGGGAGAACAUGAGGAAGCAAAAGAAACGGCCAAAAAUAAAGAAAAGGAUGAUUCGGCAAGGGAGGAGAAAAGGAACGAUGAGAGAAGUAUGAAGGAACAAGAUUCAGCAGAGAAGACUGAGGAGUUGGGAGAGAGGAGAGGAGGGGAAGCAGGAGAGGGCGAUGGAGGGAAAGCAGGAGAGGGCGAUGAUUACCAUGAAGAGGUGGCGCGCAGCAAGAGGAGGAGGAAGGGAGGGAAGGAGGAGGAGGGGAGGGAUGGGGGCAAGGGAAGGCAGAGGAGGGAGGGAAAGGAGGUGGAGGAGGCAAGGAGAGGAAAGAUUGGUGUGAGUGGUGUGAUGCAAGGGGGGGUGAUGAGGGGAGGGGUGAGGGUGUGGAUAGCGGAGGAAGAGUAUAAGGAUAACAAGGGAGACACGGGAAAGGAGGUGGAUGGUGAGGGGAAGGAGCAAGUUAAGGAGAAGCAUGGGUAUGAAAAAGUGGGCUCGGAGGAAGGGGAAACAAAAGAGAGAAGGAAGGAAGAUAAAGAAGUAAACCAGGCGCAUGGGAGUGGUGUUAGCACGGAGGGUGUGGGUCUUGAAGCGCCUCUAAAGCCUUCUCAGGAAGAGAAGCAAACGCAUGGGGGUGGCAGUAUAGGGGGUUUGGCGGGCUUGGAUGUUCUUAUAGGGGAGGCGGGCAAGGGGGGGGCUGCAGGUGGCAAUAGUGGGAGGGGGAGGGGUGGCGGAGGGAGGAGUGUUGGGGAAGGUGAGGAAGGGAAAGAGGAUGGGAAGGUGGGCGGGAAGGGGGAUAGCGUGGGUGAUGUGGAGGAGAAGAGGGAGGGCAGUGAGGAUGGAGAUGGGGAGGGCACGGCAGGCAAGGAUGGGCCCAACAGGAGGGCGUCGGAUGCCUCUGUCAGGGCUGGCAGGCACGAGGCAGAGGGCAGACAGCAGCUAGAAGCAGCUGCUGUCGGUGCCUCUGAAAGUUCUGCUGGGACUGGUGGUGGUGGUGAUGGUAGUGCUGGUGUUGGCGGUGCUAGUGUGGGUGGUUCUGGUGGUGUUCCUGGUGGUGGCGCUGGUGAUGGAGGGGUGAGGGGGUUGAAGCUGAUGAUUCGCAAGUCGCACGGGACAGGAGGAAUGGGUGGCAAGGGUAGGGAUGAAGACAACAGGCUAACCUAG